UCUGAAGUCCGUUCAGUUGGUGCAACACGGGCCUAGAACGCGCUGCUCUUUAGCUCCAGUCUCGUCAAAAUAAUAACCAUUUGUUUGUUUGUUUUUUUAUUUAAGUGCUUCAAUUAAAUAGUGAUCCUCGUGUGAAAUGCGCUAGCGACUGCCAGGAAAAUGCACAGUCUUUUCAUGAUGAGCCCUUUUGGCCUUUUGAUUUUGAGUCUUUUCGGCCUGACUGAGAGUUAUGGCCACCAACCGGUGCUGAGAAAUAUUAUUAAAGUGCGGGCCAGUGGCUUCAUGCCCUUCGAAUCGGAUUUACUACUGCCUUUCAAUAUUCUCCGGCAAUUGCAGUCGCAGGAUCGAUCGUCGCGUUUCAUUGGCCAGAGACCAAAACCCGUGGCCAGGCCAAAGGUCAAGCAGCAAGUACGAUUGGAAAGAGCCCACCCACUGCGGGGGGCCAAGGGUGUCCAGUUGUACAAUCUCAUCGAUGACGAUGGUGAAUUGCUGCUCAAUCUGAAGGUGCAUCAGGAUCCAAAGGGAAUGGCCCCACCAGGAAUUUAUCAAGGAAUCGCGCCAGAUGCUAAAUACCAAAGUAAAUAUCAGGAUUACGACACACCUUGGAUACCCUCGAAAUGGAGACCCACCAGCGAAUUUCCCCUGGGCGUGACCUCCUCCUCGCCACGCCCACUGCCCCUGCAUCAGUAUGUGGGUCAAAGCAAUCGCAUCGAACAAAAUACGGGGAAAAGAAGGCGGCAGGACAUGUGGCCACAUAAAUAAAAAUUCAAAUCAAACGGGAGCUAAUUCCAAAAAAGAGAUCCAUAGAUAACCAUAAAUUAUUUAUUAAGUUGUUUAAAUUUAAAAACAACAUAGCACCUAGAGCACACACAUGGAGAAAAAUGUACUAAUGAUUUGAAAUUGUACCUGAUAUUUAUCUGAAUCAAGAUAUUAUUAUUAAAACGAUUCAAAAAAGUAAGCUAUUAAAAUUUGUUUAAUGUUUUUCAUUAUUUUAACAAAAUCAUCAAGUCGUUAUACAUUUUAUCAUCUAAAAGAAAAAACAUUUUAUAAAACAUUUUUAUAAAAUGACAAAUAAUAUUUUGUACAUCAUGUUCAAAUCGUUGUGCUGUUUUUCUCUGUGCACAAACAUACAAAAAAUAAAAAAAACUCAACAUAUAUCAUAAGAUAAAUAUUAAGCAACAACAUUUGACAUAAUCCGCAAAAUACAAUACAACUCGAAAAAAUCCAUAAGAUACAACAUCACGCUACAACAUGUUCCACAAGACACAAAACAAAUUUCUUAGCUUAAAAAUAAACGUUAAGAUACACAAAAUAAAUCCAUUGGAUACGAAGUAUGCUCAUGAAACACACAAGUUCGGCGAUGAACAGGUCGUUGAGCUACCGCUAAAUUGGAUGACUAUGGUUAUGGUAAUGUUUGGACGAUCGAUCGGGCUGAAAGUGAAAUUGAAGCGCGAAUCGAAAGUGGAAUAAUAGGUAAAAUGCUUAUUCACACAGCUUAACGAACCGUGAAUCGAGGGGAAUAAGAAUGAAUAGCGAACGCAGGCAUAAAGAAUGUAGUUUUAAAUUCAGUUUCGAAACCAUGGGAAAUGAUUGACGGCACGUUAAUUUGUUAUUUAAAUCAACUUUUGGGAGCCGAAUUUGCAGGUAUGGGAUUUCAUCGAUUGGUUUUUUAUAAAAUCUUUAAAUUAUAGGUGAUUUUUAUAACAAUAAAAACUUAUUCCAAAUCCUAGAAAGCAGUCAAAUCCUAAUUUAUUUAUCCUUACUAUGAAAUUAAUACGAAGUUAUGCAAAUUGCUUACAUCCUCGUACAUCAAGAUUUUUUUCAAAAGCUGGCAAAUAUAUCCCUUAGUUUUUUUUUCUGUGAGCAAUCCCCGAUGCCAAACAGAAAGUCAAACAAUUUAUAAUUUACAGAUGGUAUAUUUGUUCAACGAGUGAGGUAAUAUGGGUACAACAUUAAAAAAAAAAUGGGUGGGAAAAAAAAGGAGGCCUAAAACUAAUUAACAAGACUCAAGGAUCAGUAUGGCUCGAAUCGAGUGGAAUCAAUUCGAA